AACUCAUCCUCAUUGCACUUCACUCAACACAAACACAAACACAUGGCUUCCUCACUUUCAUUACUCACUCUUCUUCUCCUUACCGUCAUCUCCACCGUUAAAUCCUGCCCGCCAUCAGACCGGGCAGCACUCUUAGCCUUCAAAUCUGCCCUAACAGAGCCCAACCUUGGCAUCUUCAACUCAUGGUCAGGCUACGACUGUUGCCGUGGCUGGCACGGCGUCAGUUGCAACCCCACCACCUGGCGCGUUACUGACAUUAACCUCCGCGGCGACUCCGAAGACCCAAUCUUUCAAAACCUCACUCACUCCGGUGACAUGACCGGAGAAAUCUCGCCGGAGGUUUGUAAACUCGAUGAACUUACCACUCUUGUUGUUGCUGAUUGGAAAUCCAUAUCUGGUGAGAUACCUUCCUGCAUUACCUCUCUUUCUUCGCUAAGAAUUCUUGACCUCACCGGAAACAAAAUCUCCGGCAACAUUCCCGGCAAUAUUGGAAAGCUUCAGCAUCUUACUGUUUUGAAUCUUGCUGAUAAUGCAAUCUCCGGUGAGAUUCCGAUGUCGAUUGUGAGAAUCUCUGGUCUCAUGCAUCUUGACCUCGCCGGAAACCAAAUCUCCGGUGAGUUACCUUCCGAUAUAGGAAAACUCCGAAGACUGAGCCGCGCGUUAUUUAGCCGAAACCAACUCACCGGUUCAAUUCCCGAUUCGGUUUUGAAAAUGAACCGGCUUGCGGAUUUGGAUUUAUCUAUGAACCGGAUAACCGGUUCGAUUCCGGCUCGGAUAGGGAAAAUGCGGGUUUUGUCUACUUUGAAACUUGAUGGUAACUCCAUGACGGGACAAAUACCUUCGACUUUGUUAAGCAAUACGGGUAUGGGCAUUUUGAAUUUGAGUAGAAACGGGUUUGAAGGAACCAUACCCGAUGUAUUCGGGUCAAAAUCGUAUUUUAUGGUUCUUGAUUUGUCGUUUAAUAAGUUAACGGGUCGGAUACCCGGUUCGUUAUCAUCAGCAAAGUUUAUGGGUCAUUUGGAUAUAAGCAAUAACCAUCUUUGUGGAACUAUACCAAUCGGGUCACCAUUUGAUCAUCUUGAUGCGGCGUCGUUUAGUAACAAUGAUUGUUUAUGUGGAAACCCAUUGAAGACUUGUUAAUUAAUGUGAUACCCAAAAAAAAUUAUUGUUAUUAUUGUAUUAUUAUUACAGUGAAGUGAGGCUUAAGUUAAGUUUGAUUUUGAAUUUGAUGUAAUAUGUUUUUGUCAUGUAAUAAUAAUGUAAUAUUUUAUAGUGGACAAAAAAUAUGGGAUCAGAUGCAAGUCACAUGCUAUGCUUCUGCAGUUCUGCUUUGCAUGUGGAUAUGAGAAGACAUAGGUCAUGCAAAGUUGGAAUAUUGUUGUGUAAUUGCAUGUGAGUUUGGUUGACAACGUGAAAGAUUUGGAUUAUGAUCCCUUUGGUCGGUUUA